UUGUUAUUAUGGACAACGGAACAGACUUUUUCAAAGCUGGGUUUAGCGGCAAUAGAGUGCUUCCUACGGUGACAUUGCCAUGUACUGAAACGAAUUCCGUCCUACCACACCAUUUUCUUUACGAAAAAGAACGGAUAGAGAGCGGGCCUGCAAAGCAGACUAGACCUCUUAUGAAACGACAUUGUUGGAUGGACCUGUGGAGACAAUCAAUGGAUAAAUUGAAAAUUAAUCUAGAAGAUACCAUCGUCCCGUACUUCGUGGUCGCUGAAAGCGAACUGAAUGUCGAAUCAGAGCGAAAAGAAAUGAUAGAAAUUCUGUUUGAGCAAAGUAAAACGAGUGGAGUGUACUUCGACAAUGAAUCUUCGUUCUCACUGAUUUGGCACGGCACACCGACGGGCGUCAUUGUAGACUGCGGCGACCUGAUUACCUCCAUUGUACCGUUUCACAACUGUGAACGUCUUCCAAACGACGUCAUACUUAACUACGGCGGUCGGGAUGUUACAAUGAAACUUAUGUCAGAAUUACAAAAUACAGGACACUAUUUUCUAGACCCUACAAACCUUCAUCAUGUUGCUGAAAUCAGAAAAAUAAAAGAGAAGUAUGGACGCGUAGACGUUAGAGCUAUCGAUUCAACAAGUUUGAGAAGAUCUGCUGAGGUCAUUGACGUUUCUUCUGACGUAUUUCGUAGUCACCAAAUCUGUCUACGUCUUCAACAUGUUACAUGCACAGAUGGCCUGUUUCAGCCGAGUCAUUUUGACAAUCCCGGAAUGGGAAUUCAGCACGCGGUAAUCCGAACCGUCGAGUCUCAAGUCAAAGAGAUACAAGCUCAGCUCUACGGCUCCGUGCUCUUGUGUGGUGGGACUACAAUGUACGAUAAGUUUCCGAUAAGAUUGCGACGAGAGUUCAAGAAGCCCGUCAACGUCAUUGCUAGGGACAAUCGCCGGUACAGCGUCUGGCUUGGGGCGAAUAAGGUUUUCACCAAACGGGAAUGGGUCGAUAGGCUAAUGAUUAGACGAUUCCAGUAUUGUGAAGAAGGUCUACGUGUGCUACACAGGACACCAAAUCUAGCAAAGUUGUGGUUGAAGUAAUUUAGUUCGAAAACUACAACCAUGUGGUAUAGUUUAUCCACAGUUGUAAGCUGGCAUGAUAUUGAGUUGCUUUAGCUAUAUGUGAUAUGAUUUAUUGAUAUUCAUACAACUCAAAAUACAGUUAGUGCGCAUGAAUACG